AUGUCUGUCAAGGACAAUGCUAGAUUCGACUUCAUUGUCGUCGGUGGUGGCACUGCUGGCAACGUCGUUGCUGGCCGCCUGGCCGAGAACCCCAACGCUAAGAUCCUAGUCGUUGAGGCUGGUGUUGCCAACUCCAAAGACAUUGAAAAGAUCAGAACCCCUUCGGAAGCUAUGGAGCUCCGUGACAGCGAGUACGAUUGGGCCUACAAGACCACCAUGGUCAAGAGAGAUGACUACGAGCGUAUUGAGAAGCCCAACACCCGUGGUAAGGCACUUGGUGGCAGUUCGUCCCUGAACUACUUUACCUGGGUCCCUGGAUCCAAAGGUACCUUUGAUAUGUGGGAAGAGUACGGUGGAAAGGAGUGGACUUGGGACCCACUCGUUUUUUACCUGCGGAAGAGUGCGACCUACCACGACGAUGAGAAGGCAUAUUCACCAGACCUGAAGAAGAUCGGCCAGAACGGCCCCAUCCCCAUUUCCCACUCGGAACUUAUUCCCGAAAUGCAGCCCUUCCGUGACCUCCUUACCAAGGCCUGGAAGUCCACCGGUCAGCCAAUCAACGAGAAUAUCUUCGACGGUCAAAUGGUUGGCCUGACCCACAGUGUCAACUCAAUCUACAAGGGUCGCCGAUCCGGCAGUUUCCUCUGUGUCACAGACAAGCCAAACAUCACUAUCCUGCCCCAGGUGCACUCGAAGAAGCUUAUCAUUGACAAUGCUGAUAAGACCUGCAAGGGUGUGACUGUCAUCACUGCUUCUGGCCAGGAACUCAAUCUCUUUGCCAACCGCGAAGUCAUCGUUUCCCAGGGUGUCUUCGAGUCCCCUAAGCUGCUGAUGCUUAGUGGUAUCGGGCCUGCUGCAGAGCUCAAGAAGCACGGCAUCCCCAUAAUCGUUGACAACCUCCACGUUGGUCAGCACCUCCUCGACCACCCUGGUGUUCCAUUCGUCCUCCGCGUCAAGGACGGCUUCGGUAUGGACGACUACGUCCUCCGCAAGGGCACCCCCCAGAACAGCCAGGCCAUCAAGGCCUAUCAAAACAACUAUGGCGGUCCUCUGGGCUCCGGCUUCCUCGAGAUGGUUGGUUUCCCUCGUAUCGACAAGUACCUCGAAAAGGAUCCCCAGUACCGCCAGGCCAAGGCCUCGAACGGCGGCAAGGACCCCUUCUGCCCUUAUGGCCAACCUCACUUCGAGCUUGACUUCGUCUGUCUCUUCGGAAGCGCCUUCCAGUGGCACUACCCCACACCAAGCAAGGGCAACUACAUCACUGUCAUGGUCGACCUUGUACGCCCCGUCUCCGAGCCCGGUGAGGUUACCCUCAACAGCGCCGACCCACUGCAGCAGCCCAACAUUAACCUGAACUACUUCAACAACGACCUCGACAUCAUCGCCAUCCGCGAGGGUAUCAGAUACGCCUACGAUGUGUUGAAGAACGGCGAGGGCUUCAAGGAUAUCAUUGAGGGCGAGUACCCAUGGGAGAUGCCUCUUCAUGACGACAAGUUCAUGAAGAGGACUGUCCUGGACCGCUCCCAGACCUCCUUCCACCCUUGCGGUACUGCUCGUCUUUCUAAGAACAUCCAGCAGGGUGUUGUCGACCCUGGCCUCAAGGUCCACGGCGUAAAGAACCUCCGUGUGAUUGAUGCAUCCGUCAUCCCUGUGAUUCCCGAUUGUCGGAUCCAGAACUCCGUGUACAUGGUUGGCGAGAAGGGCGCCGAUGCUAUCAAGCGUGACCACAGUGAUUUUUAUUAA